AUGUCCUACUACCAACACGGUCCCCCGCAGCCCCAGGGCGGCGCUCUCGGCGGCGCGCCUCCGCUGCCACCCGGCUGGACCUCGCAAUGGAGCCCCGAGCACCAGCGACCCUACUACAUCGACCAGUCCACCGGCCGCUCGCAGUGGGAGCCGCCCGCCAUGCCCGCGCCGUCCCCGGCCCCGCCACCACCCAUGAUGUCCUCGCCCGCUCCGCAGAUGCCUCAACAACAGCAACAGCAACAACAACCCAUGCCCUCCCCCGGUGACGCGCAGCGCGCCAUGGGCGGGCCCUCGCCGGGCUACGGCCAGCCGCAGCAGCAACAAGCGCCCAUGGCUUCCGGCGGCGGCGGUCCACCGGGCCCCGCCCCGCCCAUGCCCGCCGGCUGGACGGCCUUCUGGGACUCAAACGUGCGGCGCUGGUACGUCGAGCAGGUCCAGGGCGACCGCGGCGCGCCCGGUGGCGGGUACGGACAGCCAGCGCCACCAUACAGCCAACAGCAGCCGGGCGGUGGGUAUGGAAUGGCGCCGUACGCAGCGGGCGCAGCGGGCAUGGCGGCCGGAGGUAUGGCGGGCGGCAUGGCGGCGGGCGGGUAUCCCGGUGGUGCAGCGGGAGCGGCGCCGGCGGGCGCGGAGGGCGAUAAGAAGGAGAAGGGCGAGAAGGGAGAGAAAGGGGAUAAAGGGGAUAAGGGCGAUAAGGAUAAGAAGAAGGAAGGCAUGGGUAAGGGCGCGGUGGUGGCGGCGGGGAUGGGCGGGCUGGCGGUUGGUGCGCUGGGCGGGGGUCUGGCGGGCGCGUUGCUGUCUGGAGGCGGCAAGAAAUCGUCGACGCACGAGGUCAUCUACACCGACGCGGGCAACAGCUAUCCCAGCUACGGCGGCGGCAACCAGCUGGCCAUUGACGACUACGACGAGCUGCAGGCGCGCCGUCGCGCCGAGCAGGAGGAGUACGAGCAGGCCUGGGACGGGUCCGACUCCGACUGA